UGCUCCGCCUCCUCGAACCCUUCGUCUCGACGGGACCAGACAGACCUCAGCCGCCGGCGCGCUGUGCGCCCGUGCCGCCGCCCACUGCCUGGCCGGCCCUCCGCCACGCUCCCUGCCGCCACCGCGUUCGAAUCCCCCGGUGCCACACGCCUGACGCCGCGCCGGCGCUGCGGAGGGCCGAGCUCGACAGGCUCGGCAAGAACGGCGAUGGCGGCGCUGUCACACCAUCACCCAUUGGAACCAGCAGAAAUUCAUCACCCACGUCUGAAAAUUGGAGAACAUGAAGAAGCUGGACAAGUGUACUGAAUUGACACAUAUAUGGGACAGAGCUGAAAAGAAACCAAGAUAACUGCAACCUCAAGGCCAAAGCCGAUAUCUAUCGAGGAUGAAAGCCAAAAUCAAGAUGGAAAUGGUGACCGCCAUUGCAAGUCGCACUGUACGUUGAUGUUUUGGAGUUCUUCUCGUAUCCUGAUCUGCCUCCACCGUCCUCAUCCGUGGUCUCAACUCUCAACACUCACAGUGCCACAACUUUUUCCGUUCAACCGCUCUCGUUCUCUCUCUCCCCGCCCAUUCCGUGUUCGCCAAACAAGACAACCGAGUAUCCACUCUACCUGCGGUACCCUGUGAUUGUGGAAGAAUUGAGCAAUGGAGCUGCGUUCAGCGCGCCGCCUCAGGUCGCAGCCAUCUCCCGGAGCUCGCCGUCGUUUCCGGCCUCGUCACUUCCCGGAUGGCGGCGGAGCAGGCUUGAUCAACACCCUUCCGGAUGACAUGCUGCUCCAGGUUCUGGCUCGUCUCUGUUGCGCCCGCGCUGCUGCCCUCACCGGCGCCCUCUCCCGCCGGUGGCGCGGCCUUUGGACGCACCUCACCGAGCUCUCCUUCCGCGAUAUCUCGCCGGACGCUCUUGACGUGGCCCUCAACCAGGUCGCCUGCCCUGCCCUCUCCCGCCUCAAAAUAAAAAUCCCCAAGCGGCACACCAUCCAUCCUGCCCGCGUCUCUUCGCUACUUGGUGCUGCCGCGCGGCUCGCCCCGGCGGAUCUUGUCUUUAAGGUUUGGGGGCACACCAAAGAUAGUAACAUUGCUGUCGAGAUCCCCUGCUUUAACCGUGCCACCUCGAUCAAGCUUGAUGUGGUCAACCUCUACCUAUUACCGCCGGUGGGGUGCGUUCAGUUCCCUGUGCUGGAGAGGCUAUCAAUCUCUGGCUGCCAUAUCAACAUCGGUAAGCUGAUCCUGCAUUGCCCUCACCUGCGCGUGCUAGAGGUAUGCAACUGCUGGGGCUUCAGCAUGAUCAGAAUCCGCUCACCAACGAUUGAAAAUAUUUCCGUGGACCACGGACCCGUAAGAGGCAUUGACAUCAUGGCUCCCUUGCUUAAUCGAUUAAGGAUGUGCGUCUACAUGGCCCCACAUUUCAGUUUGUCAUUCUCGGCGCCAAUGCUGAAAGAUCUCUGUUUGUGGUGCCCGUGUUUAAUUCAAAAUGUUGGGAUUGGAGAGGUAUGGCGUCUGCGCUAUAUGCGACUUGGGAUCAAGAAGAGUGCGUAUGUCCUAUAUUUGUCCAUAGAUACUCCGCUUCUGAUGCUAGACGCUGCCCGGAACUUUUCUCAACAGAUAGCACCGCUCCCUGCCCUUUCUUAUUUGCAUUUAAGUUUAGCAAGAGGGCAUGUUUCUGGUGCAAUAUUAUCACAUCUUCUUGGAGUUUGUUCCACUAUACGGGCGAUUAUUAUAGUGCUCACCUCAAAAUUUGAGUAUCAAAAACCAUGCCUACCAAAUUGUUCUUGUGAUGAACCCCAGAAUUGGAGAACCCAAAACAUCCCCUUGGUAGCUCUUGAAGAAGUACAAAUCGAAGGUUUUGGUGGAGCUGAUCAUGAAGUUGAUUUCCUGAAGCUUCUGUUCAGAUGCGCAACUGCGAUGAAAAGGAUGACCGUGGGACUGGCCCCUCGGGUCUAUCCAGCCAGCAGAGGAGGCAGGAAGAUGUACAGCCUCCUUAAGGCUCAUCCUUCUGUGACAUGCUCUGUUUAUCGCUGCUAGCAGGUUAUGUAUGUAUGCAUGGCUGCCAAAUGCAUCUAGAUGUAAGGAGAGAUGAUAUGUUCCUCUUAUCUUGUCAAACUUGAGCCCGUGCUCUUUCUUCCCUACCCUAGUUUUCAUGUUUGCUGAAUGUUUAAAACAGUUAUAUGAACUUAAGACUAUCACUGGGGUUUCAUGGUCA